AUGGCUCCGGAGGAAGGUAGUUAUGAUAGAUUUUCCACCAUCACUAUACCCCUUCUGAGGGAUCGAGAGGUGCACCAAGACAAAACUUUUGACCAGAAUGUGGGUGGCACCUCCUUCUUCAAGACCUGUUUUCAUUUGGUUAACGCCAUCUCAGAUAGGGGUUUUUGUUCAACUUUAAGGCUUAGGAGAUUUGGAUCUGUUUCUCCAGGAGUUGGUACAAUAUCCGCGCCUUAUGCACUGGCAUCUGGGGGAUGGUUAAGCAUAUCGCUGCUCUUUCUGAUUGCCAUUGCUUGCUAUUACACUGGCAUAUUGAUCAAAAGAUGCAUGGACAUGGACCCUGACAUCAAGACUUUUCCUGACAUAGGUCAACGUGCAUUUGGAGACAAAGGGAGGCUAUUGGUAUCAAUUGCCAUGAAUGCUGAGCUCUACCUAGUUGUUACAGGUUUUCUGAUUUUAGAGGGUGACAAUCUUAACCAACUAGUACCAAACAUGCAAAUUGACCUUGCAGGGUUAACAAUUGGUGGUACCACAAUUUUCACCAUAAUUUCUGCCCUUAUUGUUUUGCCUACUGUUUUGUCAGAAGACAUGAGCUUGUUAUCUUAUGUAUCUGCUGGUGGGGUUUUGGCUACUUCUAUUUUUCUCCUCUCUCUGUUAUGGAAUGGCACUUUUGAUGGCACAGAAUUUCAUGCAAGUGGAACACUUUUCAAAUUGAGGGGAAUACCUUCCUCUCUAAGUUUAUAUGCCUUUUGUUUUAGUGCUCAUCCAAUCAUUCCCAGUCUAUACGUCUCUACGAGAAACAGAAGUCAGUUCUCUAAAGUCCUGUUUGUAUGUUUUUUAGCAUGCACUCUUGUUUAUGCAGCAGUGGCUGCUCUGGGCUUCUUAAUGUUUGGAGAAGAUGUGAAAUCGCAAGUUACUUUGAAUCUCCCAAGGGGCAAGUUCAGUUCACAUGUAGCAAUAUACACUACCUUGGUUAAUCCUUUAGCCAAAUAUGCAUUGAUGCUUUCUCCAAUCAUAAAAGCAGUAAAAAACAAGGUUUCAUGCCAUAACCAAAAAAGGUUCACACAUAUGCUUGUUAGUACCUCUUUGCUGAUAAGUACCAUGAUUAUAGCUGUGACCAUUCCCUUAUUUGGAUCCCUUAUGUCACUUACUGGGGCAUUACUAAGUGUGUCAGCUUCAAUUUUAGUACCAUCAAUGUGCUACUUGAAGAUUUCAGGAGCUUACAAGAGAUUCGGGUGUGAAAUGAUCACUAACUACUCAAUAAUCGUAAUGGGGUUUCUUAUUGUUGUUGUAGGCACUUACACAUCUGUUAUGGAUAUAGUUCAUAAUAUUUAA